AUGCAGACGGCCACGGCCACGGGGCGGCUGUCCAUGGAGGAGCCCAGCCUGCAGACCAUCCCCAAGCCGGCGGCCUUCCAGCGGCUCGCGUCCCUGGGGACCCAGGCCGCGCCCGGGGCCGGCGGUGGGGGCGGCGGCGCGCCGGGGCAGGUGACUGAGGUGUGCAACAUCCGGGCGGCGUUCGUGGUGGCCCCGGGGCGCGUCAUGGUGUCUGCGGAUUACGCGCAGGUCGAGUUUCGCCUCAUGGCGCACUUCUCUGGCGACCCUGCGCUCCUCGCCUGCUUUGCGGCCGGCCGCGAUCCCUUCAUCCAGCUGGCCUCCAACUGGCUGAAAAUGGCGCCGGCGGAGGUCACCCCUGAGCACCGCAACCAGGCCAAGCGGCUGGCCUACGGCGUCCUCUAUGGCAUGGGACCCCACACCCUCGCGCCCCUCCUGGGGAUCACCGGCGACGCCGCCGAGCAGCUGCGCCGCAGCUUCCUGGACUCCAUGCCCGUGCUCAGGGACUGGCUGGAGGGCGUGCGCAAGGGGCUGACGGCCGCCAACAUUGAUGUGCAGAUGCUGUCGGGCCGCAAGCGCUACUUCUUCAAGCUGCAGGAUCCCAACCUCCGGCCGGGGCUGCGCGGCCACAUUGAGCGCGCCGGCGUCAACAGCAUCUGCCAGGGCUCUGCAGCGGAUGUGGUGAAGGGCGUGAUGAUCCAGCUGGCGCAGGAGCUGCCGCGGGAGCUGGGCCCCGGGGCAGCCCACAUGGUGCUGCAGAUCCACGACGAGCUCGUGUUUGAGGUGGAGGCGCCCCUCCUGCAGCCCGCGGCCCGCGCCAUCCGCCGCAUCAUGGAGGGCGCCGCGCGGGAGUGGGGCCUGCGCGUGGCGCUGCCGGUCAACGUGAAGGUCGGCCCCAGCUGGGGGGAGCUGCGGCCGUACGACAUAGAGGCCGGCGCCGUCAUCGCCAGCCAGGGCGCCGGGGGGGAUGACGAGGACGACGACGACGUGGACCCCCUGAUGGCGGUUGGCGGGGGCGGAGGUGACACCCUCGACAUGGAUGUGGCGGAUGAGGACAGCUGA